CAUUCUGUGAGGGAAAUGGGCCUCCUAACAAUUCCUGGCACCCUGAAGAGACUACAGUUCCCAGGAUCCUUUGGGGGAAACCCUGACUGUCAAAAGUGGUACCAUAGUGCUUUAAAACCAUCCCUCUGGACCAGACUUUGCAAAGCCCCAGGGGGAGGAGGAGGCUGCUUUGCAAAGGCAGGCAAGCAGGCAGCAGGGCUUCUCUUCAGAGCAGGGGGUGCUCACUCCCUGAGAGAUUGGGAGGCCCUUCCUCUCUCAGCACAGCCUCAGCGCUGUUGCUAUGGGAGCCCUAGCAACCAUUUGCAGCCUCUGGGGCAACGGUGAGAAUGGAAGCCAGCUCCAGGGGCAGCAGUGCAGAGGCAGCCUUUGCGGUGGAGAGCUCAAACCAACUUUGGCUGGAGAGGCUGUUUCCUCCUCAUUUCAGCAAGGAAGAUUUCUUCAGUGGGUCCCAUCAGCCAGAACCUCUGAUUUGUGAAAAGUUUGCUUUGGAGAGGGCAAGAAGGACUGAGCAAAUCUACAACAAAACGGCUAAGGCCAGUUUUCAUGAGGAUCAACAGUUCCAAAGGAAAGGAUCUCCCUCCAAACUCCUUGGGAGCGAGCAGGAGUUGAACUUAUGGGGAAGAAAGAGAGAAAAUUCAAAGGAGUUUAAAGAUGGGGAUUCCACCCGCAGGGGAUCUGCUAAUUUAGAUGUUGAAUCAGAAGAAAGGAUAGCUGAAACAGGAGGUCAUUGUACCUGGAAUACAAAGGAACUGGCAGUUUUAAGACAAGAGGUGUGCAAGGAACACUUGGAAAAUAUCUCUUUAAAGCUUCAGGUGUCCCUUCUCAAGGCGGAGCUGGUGGAACUUGAAGCCAAAUACAAAACAUUAGUGGCAGAAUCUGAAGAAGCGACGCAAUAGCUGA